AAUUGCAACGCAGCUGUAGAAAUAUUGCAUAGAAGAAAGUGAAGUGAAGAGAAGAUAAGAGGGCAAGAAGUAGAACCACAAGGCGUGCAGUUUUUGACAUAUCUAUUGCGUAGCUCUACCGGUCUAUUUAAAGAGAUUUUCAUCAUCAACUCCAAUACUUGCUAGCUAGGCAUCCCCUGCUCUCUCUCUCACUCUCUUUCUCUCUGUCGUCUCUUACUUCAAUACCUUAUUCUCCUGUGUCUUCAAAAUGCACAAUUACAAUCUAAAACCUCUGGUUAUUGCCCUUGUUAUAAUUCAUGCUUACUUUGGUGUUACGACAAAAGGGCAACUGCGAGUUGGGUUCUACUCCCAGACAUGCCCAUUUGCAGAAUCUAUUAUCCGCAAUGCUGUUCAAACAGCCGUUUCUGUUGACCGCCAAAUUGCUCCAAGAUUGCUCAGGCUUUUGUUCCACGACUGCUUUGUUCAGGGCUGUGAUGGGUCAAUUUUGCUAGAGAAUGGUGAAACUAGUGAGAGAAAUGCAAAAGGGAACUUGGGCCUUGCAGGAUUUGAAGUGAUACAUAAUGCCAAGGCACAAUUGGAAGCCACUUGCCCUGGAGUGGUUUCAUGUGCAGACAUUGUGGCUUUAGCUGCCCGUGAUGCUGUUGCCUUGACUGCUGGGCCAUUUUAUGGUGUUCCAACUGGGAGGAGAGAUGGUCGAAUUUCAAAUAUUCAACUCGCUGCCAAUUUGCCAGAUGUUGAUGACUCAAUUGAGCUUCUCAGGUCUAAGUUCAGAGAGAUGGGCCUUUCAGAUAAAGAACUUGUCCUUCUCAGUGGUGGUGGGCAUACAAUUGGAACUUCUGCGUGCUUCUUCAUGCCAAAGAGACUGUACAACUUUACUGGUCAUGGUGACUCUGAUCCUGCAAUCAAUUCACAAUUUCUGCCACAGCUUAAAGCUCAAUGCCCUCUCAAUGGAGAUGUAAAUGUUCGACUACCUCUUGACUUGUCCUCUCAAUUCACAUUUGACGAUCAUAUCUUCCACAACAUCAGAAAUGGGUUUGCUGUGCUAGCAUCUGAUGCUAGGCUUUAUGAUGACAAGAACACUAGGCAGGUACUCGAUUCCUAUGUUGGCUUUACGAAUAGACGCCCGUCUUUUAAAGCUGAUUUUGCUGUAGCAAUGGUGAAGUUGGGGAAUAUUGGUGUUAAAACAGGUUCAGAAGGAGAGAUUAGACGAGUUUGCAAUUCUGUUAAUUAGUUGCAGAACUAGCUUGGCUACUUGUAGCUCAUAUUCAAUGGUAUUAAAUUAAAAUUUUCAAUCUAAA